AUGGCCGAGGUGUUGCCUACGCAACCUCACCUUGGCAUGGACAUAGCCAAGGGCAGAGACACUUCGGGGCCAUUACCAAACCCUUGUUUCGUAUUUCCCAUGCAACCUGAGAUUACCAGUGAAGCCAGCUCUCACGCGAGAAUCCCCUCGAAUGCGGAUGCUACUGGGUCUCGACGUUCGCCAGGUCGUUCAAGACCUCAACGCAUAUCAAUCAACAAGCUGCCAGCAUUCGAUUUCAGUCCUGCUGUGUCAACUCCAGACGAUCGUACUCCAAGUCCAGCACGGUCUCCGACGAGAAGAACCCCUCCUAUCCACCAUGGACAUCGGAGAAAUAACAGCGAGUACGUUGGUGGUGAUGUUACAAAUGGUGGACCGGUGUUGGUAAGCGCGAGUCCCACAAAAAGUGAACAGCCUAGCGAAAGCAAUACUUCGGGUGAUGGCGGUGCAACUGGUGGCCCUUCAGCUGUGGGUACGACCUCUACGGAAAAAGAGGGAUUAUCGCAUCCGCCGCCUGGGGCCCGACUCGGCCCUCCCACGAGCAGGCGUGGUCAUGCUCAUCGGCGCUCUGGUGCGAUAUCAAGUCACGAUCUCUCGAUGAUUCUGAAACCUGCGUCUGAGAUGAAAGGUGGCAGCGCACCAACAACACCUUCAGAUUCUAUGUUCCAGCGACCUCUUCCUCCGGAACUUGACAGAUCCAUUUCCCAGCCCGAACCUACGACCUCUACCCAGGAAUCACUAGUUUCAGCAUCACAAGAUGAGCAAUCACCCUAUGCUGGACUGCCACGUUCUUCUCGAGUGGGGUUCUCCGAUGUCUUAGAGUUUAUUCCACGGCCAUUGUCAACAAUCUCUUCUGAGACGUCAAGCAGCAUGUCAACUGUUCGCGCCAGCCAUUCGGUCUCCAACAGUAUCACGUCCGUGAUCAGUGGAGGCAACUCGUCAAGUCCCCAGUCCACCAUCGGUGCGAGGUCUGGCCGCAGACCCACACUAGAGCAAGAUCUGUCUAGAGUCAGACCAGAUACUGCUGGCAAUUCUCCCCCCUCGUGCAUCCCAUGA